UUCCGCUGCGUUGGCGGCGCUGCGGGCCCCUGGCGCCUCGUUCAACGGCGUCGCUGCUCGAGUCCGCCGCCGCCGCCGCCGAAUACUCCGCCGCCGCCGCCGCCGCCGCCGCCUUCGCCGCCAGCAUGACGCGCGGGAAACAGCCUCAAGCUGCCAAGAUGGUCACCUCAACCCCAAUUAAGGGGAAGGCGGGUAAAAAAAGACUGAGCUUGGCAACACCACGCUCCAUCAAGCGGCAAAAGCUUUCCGUGAAAAGGAAGACCCUCACGCCAGAAAAAGAAAAGCGCAAGCACAAGUUCCGGCCAGGAACAGUGGCCCUGAUGGAAAUCCGUCAUUACCAGAAAGGGGCUAAUCUCCUUGUGCCCAAGCUGCCCUUUUCUCGUUUGAUCAAAGAAAUUCUUCAACAGUUUGGAUCCUACAGGCUGCAGUCCAUGGCAUUGAUGGCUCUCCAAGAAGCUGCAGAGGCAUAUGUUGUUGGCCUUUUGGAAAUGGCUAACCUUUGUAGCAUACAUGCCAAGAGAGUCACACUCUACCCUAAGGACAUCAAGCUUGUCAGGCGUAUCCGUGGCGAAUAUUAAUCUAUAGAAACUUGACAGUUUGAUACAGUUUACUUUUUUAAAUGUGAGGCCUGAAAAAAAUGUAUUGCAGUUGAGAAAAUAGAAUAUACAAUGUAGUUUCCUAGAAAUAAAAAGAUUAAAACCCAUAAAUAAAAAAAAUAAAAAAAAAUGCCUAUCCAGUACAAAUAUUGCUUUUGGUCAUUCUAGUUGUUCACUUCUAGUUAGGUCAGUAUGUGGUACCAUGCCUUUUUUUUUUUUAAGUGGCAUGUUGUAAUUUAUUAAAUGUUAAAUGGAAGGUUAGAAAUAUAUAUUGGUGUAGAGCAUUGAGAUAAAACAAAUUAUUCUAAUGUUGAAUAAUGAAAAGUGUCUUUACUAUUUGUGAGAAACUAUUUUGACAGUAAGGUUUGCAACAAAUCUUUGUACUCUUGCUAAUUAGUUGACAACUUUUAUUUUAAGCUGUCUAUGUGGAGUAGAAUAUAUACAUUUUAGAAAUGUAUACCCUUUUUGUUUAUAUAAAAUAGUUUUCUAUAUCAAAACCAUAAAACUAUUAUUCAGUCA